AUGAAAGGUUUUCAAACUUGGCCAUCAUGUAAUCGAAUGAACGAUGAUCAAUUUCAUACUUAUGCAUCUCGAUUAACUCGUAUUAGUUCAUGUAAAGUACAAAACUGUGGUACUGGUUAUUGUCAAACAGGAAAUAAUCGUAAAACAUGUGUCUGUUCUAGAUGUGCCGAUGGUGGAAAAUGGAUAGUAGGAUAAAAUAAUUUAAUCAUAUUCUAUUAUUUUAACAAGAUAAUUUUGUGUAAUAUUCAUCUAAUUUCAAGAUGUUCACACAACUUCUCGUUAAAUAAUAAAUAUAAGUGAUUUUUUCUUGAUGAAUAUUAUGAGAAAGUGAAAAAGUAGUUUUAAUUUAUCAGACAAAUAUUCGCAAUAUUUUUAUCAUAUUAUUCUCGUUUUAAUGCUAUCGGACUACUAACAGGCAAUAAAUGAUUAUAAAAAACUCGAUAAUUUGUAGAAGAUAUGAUAUUUUUCAUUUAAGACAAUGUUAUAACAUUUUUACAAGAUACAAGUUUUUUUUACUACAAGCAUUGAAAAUGAGUUAACUUUGUUUUUGUUUCUGACAAAGAUCCUUAUCAUAAUAUACAAGCAAAAAUUAGCAACUGUAAUUUUUUUAAUGAAGCAUUUAAAUAUCCAGCUAUAGAAAUCAACAGCUGAUGUAAAAAAUCUCAAUAAUAAAGUGUACGAUCUAAUUUAGUUACGGAAGAAAUCGAUUUGAAUUCUUAAGAGAACUAAAACUUUGUAUUUUUCAUUUUCUUAUAUUAAUUACAUUUGAAAUAAUGAUCAACAUUUAAUGGUUAAUAAAGGUAAUUGAAUCUUGACAACACAUGUAAAAACUACAAAAAGAUGUGUUUGUUCUAUCGAUUGAUAAUUUACAAUCUUCUCAACAAUCUAUUUCUCAUUAGAGUCAAUUUUUUGAAAGUAAUAAUUAUCGAAUAAGUGAAAAAUCAGACGAUGCAUCUGACACAUCAUAAUAAAGCUCAAUUCUUCUAAUUAUGAGAAAAUAAUGAGAUCGAAAUGUUUUUUUGAUUGUUCACUGAACAAUUAAAAAUAGAUGAUUGAUUUAAACUAUAAC